AUGUCUACAGUCAAUGAACGAAGCAUCCUCGACUACGAGCCAGUAGCGCUCGCAGAACAGCUCACGCUCAUCGAGUGGGCUCUAUUCUCGAAGAUCGAGCCCAAGGACGUCAUCGACGUCGGACGCGACCCCCAGAGUCGUGCAGGGAAGAACGAUACUAUCUCGGACAUGAUACAGUCGAGCAACAAGAUCGCGCACUGGGUGGUCGGCGCGGUCCUUGAGCACGAGAGCGUCGAGAAGCGCGCAAGCGUCCUAGAGCGCUUCAUCAGCAUCACAGAAAGCUGCCGCACAUCGUCAAACCUGAGCACCAUGGUCGCGCUCGUCUCGGGCCUCAAUUCUCCACCCGUGGAUAGGCUGAAGAAGACGUGGGCGCUUGUUGGACAGGAGAGCAAGGACGCGCUGGGUCGGUGCAGGACUAUGAUUGAUCCUCUCACUUUCGGGAAGUAUCAGGAGGUGCUGCGCGGCGUGGAGCCACCGUGUGUACCGUUCAUCGGCGCCUACUUGAUGCUCGUCAGACAGCCGCCCUCGGAGACGCGCCCUUCCGACGAGGAGAUCGUACAGGAGGUACGAAAGUGGCAGGGUACCCCGUAUAAGGUCGAAGGCGACGAGGAAGUCGAGAAGUUCUUGCGUGGGCAGCUGGAGAAGUACGACGGCCAGUCGGGGCGGGGUGAUAACGAUUACUCGGACGUGAGCCGCAGGCUGGAGCAGGAGUAG